AAACAGAUGAACUGCCUUCAUUAUGCUGCACUGCACGGCUAUGAAGAUAUAGCCCGGGUCCUUGUGGAUGCUGGAAUCCAUGCAGAGGCCGUCAAUCAUCAAAAUGCCUCAGCUAUGCACAUAGCGGUGCUGCACAACUUCCCAGCCCUGGUUAAACUCCUCAUCGAUGCAGAAUGUGACCUGGACAUCCCAGAUAACAGGCAGCAGACCGCACUGCAUAUUGCUGCAGAACAUGGGAGACAAGACAUAGCUGAGAUGAUUCUCAUAGCAGGCGUUAACUUAAAGCUAAUUGAUAAGGUAAACUUCCUUAAUGGCCAAACAGAUCUGAGAGGACUUCACAGGACUGCUAAUUUAUUUUACUUUCAGCUGCAGGAAAAAGUCAGUGCUAGAAAAAGAUGCAUAUUUUCUUUGAUAAGCAGUUAAAAUGAGGAGGAAUUGGGAGGGAGAGGGUAAAAUGGAGGAGGGUGUAGUUUUAAGGAAGGUGUGGGCUGACUUUUAGAAAGGUGCAGAAUAGUUCACUGAUUGCUAGGCAAAGCUGCAGGAGUCAGUGCCUGCUACUGCCACCUCUGCCAGCACAUGUAUUAAACGCAAACCACCUUCUUCUGGGGUGGUCUUAAAUAGCCAGUAAGAAGGAUUAAAGUACAAAUAUGUUAAUGGGCAAAAAAUCUGAACUGUCCAAUGGUCAGUGUGCAAAGAAACCCUGCAGCUCUGAUUAACAAAAAGAUUGUUGAUAGCAUUGGGCAAAUGCAGCCCUCUGCUCCCAAGCACGUAUUUGCUUGUGCAGGUGAGAAACUCAAAGAGUUUUCAGGUAGAGCUUAGUAUCAGAUCUA